UAACCUGCAAUUGCUCCGUCCUGAGUAUGACGUUAAUCUGCAUCAGGCCCUGAAUGAAGGGCCUCCAAUCUGCAGGGAAAACAUGGGUGUUGGUGGCAGGAUUGGCACUGCAGCCACUGUAAAAAAAACUCACAUUGGUUGCAUUCCAUCUGAGCUCGUGUGGUGCUGAGGUGUCACCCAUUGCUUGGCUACACUCGGGUCCUAAUCUGGGAUCCUGAGUUGGUUUGUCAUGUGCCGGGUGCAGCAAUGUGCAGUAUCAGCGCGUGCCCCUUAACUUCUUUUUUAUUUCACUGGUUGCUCUGGAAAGUCCCCACUGAUCGUAAACGUCAGUCUGCCUCUGACUGUGAUCAUCAUCAAAACUCGAAUCCCCGCCUGUCAGUUUUGUAUUGAAAGGUCAAGGGUGGCAGGGUGUGUGCUGGUGAGCUGUGGAAGUUCAGACUCCUUCAUAUUGGACUUUACUGCCCGUUGUCUCUGGUUACUCACACCUCUCUUGUUCUUUAGGGCAUGUUGCAUGCGCUGGUGUGCAUCCGCAAGGAGCAUGGCAUUCUGGGCCUGUGGCGAGGAGCAAGUGCGGCUGUGCCUAGGGUCAUGGUGGGGUCUGCUUGCCAGCUCUCUACCUUUUCAGCAGCUAAGGAGUUUGUCAGCGACUUGCAGGUUUUCCCACUUAACAGCUGGCUGGUGUCGCUGUCUGCCGGAAUGAUCAGCAGUGUGUUUGUAGUUCUGGGCAUGACGCCCUUUGAUGUGAUCAGCACCCGCCUGUACAACCAGCCAAUUGACAGCCGAGGAAAAGGCCUGCUGUACAGCGGAUUCAUCAGCUGCUUUUCUCAGACCGUCCGUAAGGAAGGGAUCUUCGGCCUCUACAAGGGCAUCGGCGCAUCAUACUUCCGCCUUGGCCCACACACCAUCCUGUCCCUGCUCUUCUGGAAUGAGCUUCGAAAGGUGUACUACAAGGACAGACAGUCGGCCAGCAGACCAAGAUGAUACACCGGUGAAGGAGGGGUGAAUCUUCAGGGAGGUCUGAAUGCCUCAAUCUGACUAGUAAGACUUCCACCACUGACUACCCUGAACGGGAUGAGGAGCCGCUCACAGAAUCUAACAAUACACGAGUGAGCGCACGACUAAACGACUAAUACUUGAGGAGCAUCUCACCCGCAAGACACGUCUCCUGGCACAUUUUUAUAGUUUAGUAAGUGCUGGGACCACCGAAGCAGGGAGCCACUGGUGACAAUGAAACAGGUCAUGGUAUAGGCAGUCGAGGAGCCAAGGGGUUUUGCUGCAUCCUUUGAGGAUUUUUUACAGCAGAAGCUCUGCUGCCAUUGCUUUGAUGUGAUGUUGCUUUUAAAUAAUACAUAAGCAGCAACACAUGCACCAUUUAGAUUUUAAACUACAUUUUUAUACAUAAGUUAAAGUGUACUGUUCUUUAUUUUGGUACUUAUGGCUGUAUGGAGGCUCAGACAGUUUGCUAGUGGGCCACUAUAAGCAUCUGCUGACUAAACAAACUGCAUCAUUUUGAAAUGCCUUGUAGCUCGACUUGACUGGUCUUUCAUUACCGUUCACCCUUUAUAGGCAGUCCGUCCCAUCCUAAUGUGCCACUCCAACUCCAACUGGGCCCACCCAGUCAAGUUCUGAAUAAACACUGACUAGACCCAAAGAGGGCUGCAAGCUUUCAUAGUGCAGAAUGACAGGGGUACAACAGCGCUCAUAUUUAGUAUGGCAAUUAGCGGACUGAAAGAAGCAGUCUUGUGAAUGCAGAGCUCCAACCGCUCAUGCUAUAGCUGCUUAUUUUGUAAGAGCUGACUAGAAGACAAACACAAACAAGUCCUCCUGGAUUUCUCUCCUGCCCGCUCCAGUGCGUCUUUAGCUCAUAAACACCAUGGAGAAAACCGUUUGCACGCAGAGGUGAUGAAGCAAACCUGCAUUUGAUUGUCAACAGGGGACUUAAACCUCCCAAUUCCCACUGCUCUUAGGCUACAUACAGAAGUUUAAGAAAAAAAAAAAAACUUUGGAAAAAAAAUCAGCUGUUGGGCAGCAUUGUGUGAUAUAUGGGUUUGGAGACCACCACAAGUGAAUGUGACUUCAAAAAGAGGGGGGAAACAAAUAGACGAUUCACUGAUGUGACGUUUCUAAACCAAUCCAACUCCUCAUGAAGGUGAAGCAGAGAGGAUUUAGAUGGCAAAGAGCAAUGGUGUUCUUGUUAACAUCAGCCAAUCGAUUGCAAGCCUGUGGUCACAAUGGAUAGACCUACUAUUGCUAAGUGUCUCCUGAAAAGACCCCCAUUAAACAUAUAAAUGUGUGUGGUGUGUGCAGAGAGCACAUGUAAACAAAAACCUUUGUGUAAAACCAGAUUUGACUUUGGCCUACAAAGAACUAACUGGGCUAGCAGUAAACGUGAAUGAUGCACUCCCCGCCGCUGUCCGUGGUGUCUGUCGCUCAACAUUAUGACGCUAGAGAAACCAAAGGAAGUUUAUGGGAAACUGAUGUUCACUGCUAGUACCAUUCAUAUUUUUUACAUUGUGGGUUUUUAAGUACCAGUAAACCGUGUAACCCUAGUGAACAAGCAGCUCUGGUGUAAAUGUGAUGUGUGCGUGGUGUGUGAUAUCCCAUCCAUGGCUUGUUGGUAACUUGUACACAAUGGUGCUGGAAUAAGCUUCCUGUAAUAGACUGAAAUGAAAAAUGCUCUUCACAUAUCUCGCCAAAAUCUGUUCUGCACUGUAAGCCCACUGCCACUUUCACACAAACAUCUCCUAACUCCACAAUUUGAACAGUUAUGCGUUCUGACUUGAAGGAAACUAAAGUAUAGUGAUGGGAGGCCAACCUGGCUUCAGGUCAGAUGCAUCCAUGUAGGCCCUAGGCAGAAGAGUUUAAAAUACUCCAUUAAUGAGUUUAACACAAUUACACCAAGAAAAAUACAAACCCAAUUCUGAACUCUACUUGUACUUGCUACCACCUUGCUGCUGCACUGCACUGCAACCACCUGCACCCCAGGAUUAAAAAACAUGCCUUCCCAUAACGUGACAAGGAAUUAAAAUCUCCAGCACUAUCCAUCCCUCCUUUCUGGUGUCGAGGGGUGCUGGAGCUUAUCAGGGUACCAAGAACAUGUCCUAGAUGGGAUGGGACACUGGGCCACCACAAAGCACACUUAACUAGGUUUGUCAGAUCCUCAACAAGCAAACUCAACAAAGUAACCUGGCUAGAAAUGGAUCCCAGUCUUGCCAUCAAAACAUCCAUUCAUUCAUUUAUUCUUUAACUGAACUUUACUCCAAUUUUAGGAACACAGCGACUUGCCAAAUUACAAAACCUCAGAUGUGCUUUACUUGAUUUAGUGUCAUGCAAGACAAGAGUGUUUUGAAUACACCGGACACAAGGUAGGAAUUACCAGUCCAGAGUCACCCAUUAACUUAAUCUGCAUGUCGAGAGAAUGCUGCAUGGCGGCCUAAUCCAAGCCUUCAAAAUUCUCAAGGCAUUGAUAAAAUAAGUUGAGUUGACUGGUGAAUUGUAUACUCGAGUGCCUAGUGGAAGCUAUGGGACAUUUUCACCCCAAGAGUUGCUGGAAUCUGGAGCAAGCUACCAAACAGACACUUUAGCAAGUUUUAUGAAGUAUCUGGAUGAGAAAUUGUGACAACUGAGCUAUUAAACAAACUCGAGGGGUUGAAUGCUCUCCGCUUGUUAACUUUUUGUGUUCAGUCUUCUUAUUUGAUGUUCAAGUGCAUCCGAGAUACGACAUCACAAUGAGAGCCCUGGCAAACCUACACAUUUAUUGUUUAGCUGGGCAAAGCACCUCAUAUCCAUGUAACUUGUAUAUUUAGUGAGGGGCUGCCACCUUAGAGAAUGUGCAGCCAUUGAUCCACUUCUGAAUGUUUAACUAAAAUCAGACAGAUAUAAUGGUGCCGGUCUGCUUCUAGAGUAGUAAUACCAUUAGGAGAGCCUGCAAAUGCCAACUACUACCAAUGGUAAGGUACUGACAUCUUUUUAUUGACUAUUUUUCAUAUUUAACAAAUUAUUUUAUUAGGUGGAAAAUAUGUGUAGAUUGCAGACUUAAAGGCCACCAGCCCAGCCAAUAACAAUGUUUACUGUGUGAAAGCCAUCAUAUGGUGCCUUGUAAUCUGGAUCUAAACUCAACAGUUGACAGUUAAACUAGAGUUAUUCUAGUUGUCGAUUACACGUGUAAAGAGUCAGUUCCAUGUCUUCAAUGGACUACACCAAAGGUUUACUUAAGUGUAUUCACCUGUGAUUUUAAUAAAUGGGACGCUUGCCACAAA